AUGGAACCGGUCACACAAACAACCAGAGUAGUGCAAAUCACUGUGACAGAUGGAUAUGAUUUGAAAGGUUUUAAAGGAGAUACUCCAGUUACUUUUAUUCGUGCAGAAUUCAAUCAAGUAGUACUGGGAGAUUCUUCAAAAGUUACGGUUUCUCCAGAAGGAAUUACAAAAUACAACUUCACUAGCAGUUUUGAGUACAAUCAGGAUGGAGGAAUCACUUUAGAUGACAUCGCCCACAAACCUGCAUUCUUGACUGUGACUGAAGUUUUACCAAAGGAAAAGAAGCAGAAAGAAGAAAAGACCUUAAUUCUUGGUCAAGCUGUGGUGGACCUUCUUCCAUUACUGGAAGGAGAGAGUUCAUUUGAAAUAUCAGUCCCACUACACCCUGUGCAGGGCUCGCCCUUAGAGACUCUUCGGCCAGGUGUUAAGCAGUGCAGUCUUGAUGUUAAGGUAUCUGUGGGAGAGCCCUUACUGACCUCAGCCCAGGUCUUAGGGGGCAAUCUUCUGAAGGUCACAUUGGAGGCUGCCUACUCUGUGCCUGAAUCAUUCAUCCCAUCAGGAUCUCAGCAGAACUACAUGGUUGGUAUGCAAGUUCCAUCAGUUGGAGAGGCUGAAGAUGAAACUCUGCUUUCAUUUCAUGGUGUGGCUUAUGUUAAUAUGGUCCCAUUGCUGUAUCCUGGUGUGAAGAGGAUUCGAGGAGCUUUUCAUGUCUACCCCUACAUAGACAGUGCCGUCUUUGAAAAGACCAAAUGUUUAUUUAGCUUGUUCCGAGACACUGGCCAUCAUAAUAUGAUUCACAAUAAUAAAGGAGGAAUUAAUUCUCCACUGUCCAAACCAGUUGCUAAGAAUCUGAAAGAAGAUAAAACAGUGAAAGAAAAAGAUAUAGAUGGAAAGCCUAGACCUACAGAUAUGCAAGCACCUAGUCUAAGAUCUCAGAGCUCAGAUACUCCUUUGGAAGGUGAAGCCCCUGUAACCCACAAUCCAGAAGGCCAGCAAUAUCUAGAAGCAGGGACAUACAUUGUGUUGGAGAUUGAGCUGGAUAGAGCCUUGGUUCCAAAGCGAAUGCCUGAAGAAUUGGCUGAAAGGGUUAAGGAAAUGAUUCCUCCAAGGCCACCUCUUACCCGUCGGAGAGGAGGAGCUCAGAAGGCAAUGAGUGACUACCACUUGCAGAUCAAGAACAUUUCUAAAGCCAUUCUGGAUGAGUACCACAGAAUGUUUGGGAAAGAAGUGGCUAAACUGGAGCAUGAAAUCGACACUGAAACCCUGGAAGAGCAGAAGUGCCAGCUCAACUAUGAACUUAAUUGUUCUGGAAAGUACUUUGCUUUCAAAGAACAACUCAAGCAUGCUGUGGUGAAGAUUGUGAGAGAGAAAUAUUUGAGGACAGCAUCCUUUGAAAGCCAGGAAGAACUGCAGACAUUUAUCAGCGAGCUUUAUGUGUUCUUGGUAGAUCAAAUGCAUGUGGCACUAAACCAGGCUAUGCCAGAUGAUAUCCAAGGCCCUGUUCCAGUCAUUCAGUCAACCAGUGAUCAGCUUCGACUCUUUGCAUAUGAAGCAGAAGUCAAUGAGAACUAUGGAAUGGCAGCAGUGUAUUAUGAAGAGAGGUUGGUCCGUGAGCCCCACAACCUAGAGCAUUGGCUGGACUAUGGCGCCUUCUGCCUCCUCAUUGGAGACAACAUCAAAGCCCAAGAGUGUUUCCGGAAAGCCCUUUCCCUGAAUGAGAGUCAUAUCAACAGCUUGUUGCUGUGUGGUAUCCUGGCUGUCUUGUUGGAGAACUAUGAACAGGCAGAAAUUUUCUUUGAGGAUGCCACUUGCUUGGAACCAACCAAUGUGAUAGCCUGGACUUUACUUGGUUUGUACUAUGAAAUUCAAAACAAUGAUAUUCGAAUGGAAAUGGCAUUUCAUGAGGCUUUCAAACAACUUCAAGCACGAGUGCUCCAGAUACCAGCAGGAAAGCAAAAGAGCAUGGGCAAUAUGGCAGGUACCAUAGAGAAUGUGGAAGAAAAAGGGAAAAUGGAAUCUAAUGCAGGCCCUUCGGGAACUGGAAAUAACACAAAUAAUGAGUCUUCUUCAACAGCAGUCAAGGCAGAGGCCUCAGCAGCAUCCUCAUAUCAGGGAGACUGUGCCUAUGUGCACAGAGUGCUUGCACAUGAGCUACUAUGUCCUCAAGGAGGCCCCAGCUGUGAGUAUUACUUGGUGCUGGCCCAGACACACCUUCUCAAGAAGGAUUUUGCCAAGACAGAGGAAUGUCUUCAGCAAGCAGUGCAAAUGGAUUAUCUGAACCCUAAUGUCUGGGCUUUGAAGGGCCAUCUCUAUUUUCUGAGUGGAAAUCAUGUGGAGGCCAAGGCAUGCUACGAGCGAACGGUUAGUUUUGUAGUAGAUGCAACUGAGAUGCACUUCAUCUUCCUGAGACUGGGGCUCAUCUAUCUGGAAGAGAAAGAGUAUGAAAAAGCCAAGAAAACCUACAUGCAAGCCUGUAAGAGAUCACCUUCAUGCCUUACCUGGCUAGGAGUGGGAAUUGCCUGUUACCGGCUGGAGGAGCUCACAGAGGCUGAGGAUGCUCUUUCUGAAGCCAAUGCAUUAAACAACUACAAUGCUGAAGUAUGGGCAUAUCUGGCUCUGGUCUGCCUAAAAAAUGGCCGGCAACUGGAAGCUGAGCAGGCCUACAAGUACACGUUAAAGCUGAAACUGAAAGAUGAGGUUCUGCUUGCAGAAAUCCACACUGUACAGGAAAUGGUUGGCUUUGGAAAUCCAUCUUUCUGA